AUGGAUAGCACAGAUAUCAUUGGAUUGGCUCCGAUUAACUUGCAAGAGCAGUCCAUUUCUGCAUCCAUUUCUUCCGAGAUAAGUUCAUUGAGCACACAUGAACUUCCUGCUGAUUCCGCUCAAGACGUGGCAGUAUUAGACGCUUCUCUCAAGCAUCUGGAUUUCCAUGACACUGACCGCUUAUCGGAGAUGAAUACUACCCCGAAUGAUUUGCAGGAGUCGGCCCUGAGUGCCACUACUGACUUGAAAAGUUACAAAAUAACUCAGGCCUUACAUGAAGAAUCUUUUGGCAAUUCAGCGGUAGAA